GUGAACAUGGGCCCCCGCUCCCCUAGCUAUGCCUCAGCAUGUCAUAAUCCAACCCUGCAUCCACCACCAAUACCAGUUCCAAGGCUGACACUUGUAUUCCUCUGUUCUUUUUCUUUCUGAUGUUGAAGAUUAAUAAAGGACAUUUUAAUAGGAGGAGGGGCAUGAAAGAGGGAAGUAGCUAGCAGCAGCCUGGUUUUCUCUGCCUGAGAUAGCUGUGCUUCCUUGUUUUUAUACCUAGCUGGGAACUCCAUUUGAGAGGAGAAAGUUAUGCUUCAAUCACAAGGCAUUAUGUUUCUCUUUACACACAGACCUGUGCAUACUUGCAUGUUUGGACACUUACCUCAGACUGAGGAACAAGAAAGGCUGGAAUUCUGAACACACAUCUUUAAAAGCUUUUACAUAUCCAAUGCCAGAGACAAGAUUUUUUCAUGUUGGAAAGGAUGUAUAUAAAUUUAAGAUCAAAUAUGGCAACACUAUAAGUGCUAGUAUUGACUUCCAUGAAAGUGUUGUCAAUGAAGAACUAGAGGAGGCCAUUCGAGUAAUACUUGGAAAUCUUAAAAAUUUACACCCAUUUACUACUGAACACUUGGUCAUAUUUCCAUAUUUAAACAGAUGGGAAAGAGUGUCAGACUUAAGAUUCAAGCAUGGUGAUACAUUUCUUAUUCCCUAUCCCUACGUCUGCAGUAUGUAUGUAGAAUUAAAUUCAUGGCAGCAAAAUGUGUUUUGGGGUAAAGCAGAUCAUGGGGAUAUCUGUAACUCUGCCAACAGCAGAGACAACCUGAAGACCAUGGACACAGCAAGAGCUAGUAAGUGGAGAAGUCUGGAAGACACAGUAGCAAUUUCACAUUCACAGCAACAUGUGGACAGAUAUGUAGCAAAAAAUGCAACCUGUAUUUAUGAUGCAACAAAGCCAAAAGUUGGAAGAGUGAGACUUCAAAAUGACAUGAUUCAUCCAACACAGAAUCAACCAGAAGAAAUUCAGUAUCAGUAUUGUAGAACCACCACUAACAGUGGAUAUGACAAUCAGAGUUUGUUAGGGGAACAUGUGCAACAUGUCAGGACAGAUAAUAGCCGGCAGGAAGGACAAGAGCCAAUCCCACCAGAGAGAGCAGAGGAAAAUGUGGAGUUAAAAAACAGAGGCUUUUUAGAGUUAUUGAAAAGCACUCUCCUUCCACCAUUACUCCAGCGCAUAUUUAGUGGAAGCAGUCAAGCCCCCUGAGGUAUUAUUUCUGUGGAAAGAUAGAACUGUAUCUUUAAAAUUAUAAGAAGUUUCUAGAAGAUCUAAAUAUUUUAACUCAGUGCAAUUAUUUCAGAAGUGGGAGAUGUUUAAAGCUCUCCUGUAUUUUGUUUAUCUGCUCAUUUUAACUUAAAACACUUAAGAUAAAACUAUGGUUGACUCAUUGUAAAGUUUAUUCAGGUAUAUCAAUAUUUAAAUGGUUAGAAAGUGAGUAUAUGUAAUAUAAAUAUUUAAAUGGUUAAAAAGUGAGUAUAUGAAUUCAUAAUUAUUCCGUUUAAGAGGUUGCAGUAACAUUUCUACUGGAAUAAACUAUCAUUUGCUGUCACUAAGGCUUGACUGGCUAAUGUUUUUCAAUAUUCAAACUUGAAGUGUAAAAUGGAUUGUCAAAAUAUCCACUGUGACCUCUAGUAUAUUAAUGCCAUUAAAUUCCCUCCAUGUAUAUCAGAGCCAUCUUUUAGAAAAUUACGAGGUUUUGGUUUAAAGAUUGCUAAUUGUGGUGAUUUCAAUAUUUUACUUUCAAGUUAAAAACCAGGCUCAAUUUCUGGUUCUGACAAUGUGUAACUUCUAGUCACUGAAUCAUCUUCCUUCAUUUGUUCAAAGGUUAAUGGGAGUACCAAGCAUUUAUCUCUCUGAAGGUGUCUAAUAUACCAGAGACUCCCAUGGUUCUCACAUAAUACAGAGAACAUUGUUGGUGCACAAAGUAUGUACCUGCAAAUUUCUGUAGCAUGUAACCACCCUCAGUAUCGCAAUAAACACUCUCCACUCCCUCA